AUGUCCCUUUCGCACGAAGUGAAGGUGCAGCUGCAGUCCUUUCUGGAGGAAGCUGCCGACGGAGAGAAAAUGGUUAAAGUGGUUGAAGCCACCUUGGACUUGCUCAGGAAGAACCACCUGCUGUCGACCAUGAAGCUGGAGCCCAAGCUGGUGGGGGUUCACCCCAGUAACCGAGACGGUUACGGGGUGAACCCCCAGGACGUGCUGGACCUUGUGGACAGCAUCAUCGAUGUGGGGUUCGUGAAAGGCCGAGUGCAUGCCGUAGGCGUGGAAGUUGAAAGCCAGCACGUGAGGGACUGGAACUCCAAUCUCUUCGCUUCGGCCAACGGGGGCCUCGGCUCCAUGGAGCCGGAUCUCCUCAAGGUGACCAGCAUCUGCGGCUCUCACACCAACUCGGCCUUGCGACUUUUUCGCGAUGCCGUGCCACACUCCAACGAGCUCGUGUGCACCGGGGGGCGAUUGAGCAUGGAGAUGCUGAAAAAUCGCGAUCCUGCUUUCCACGAAGCCGCGACCGAAGGCUUGUCGUGGGAUGUAAUCUCUGCAGCCGUCGCCCGCGAGGUGCCCGAAAUCCUCGAGCUGGUCUCCAGGUCGGGCAACACCUCCCUGCAGAGGGGGGAGCAUGAACUCCAAGUCCUUCGCCGAAUUCAUGGCCUCUACUGUAAGAUGCAGGCUUCGGGCCAGACCCCCUCGUUUGCUUCUCUGAAGAAGCAGAUCUUGGCUUCGAAACCGAAGUGCGGGGUAUCCGUCCCUCACAUGUACUCCUACUGCCUCAAGUGCAGCGGGGGCCAAGAGGCCGUACAUCUCAAAGAAACGGAGCUCUUUGUGCGAGCAUGCUGCCCUUCCUCAAGACAGCUGGGGCCGGAUCUGUGGCAGGCUUUGUCCAUGGAGAUCAAGGGGCAUGGCUCCGAGGCCGUUGCUUGCUUUCGCAACGGCCUGGUCAAGUCGGCAUAUGUGCGGCAAAACGUCUCUGUGGGGGACUGCCGGAAGCUCGCUGCGAACUUCACGAAGGUGAAAGAAGCAGACGAGAUCAUGUUGGCUGUGCGGGCCAUGCUAACAGAGCAACUCGGGGAGUGGAAGGAUGCCGGCCUGGUGAAGGCCCUUGCAACCAUGGACAUGUGCAUGUGCAGCAUGGUCCUUGGCUUGAAGCAGAAGGGCGAGAAGGACUACAGGACCUUGCAGGCCGUGGCCCAUGAUUUCUGCCUUGUGGCCCAGGAGCUCACUGGGAGGACCCUUCCCUUGAAAUGGCAAGGCUUCGCCGAGGCAACAGCAGCACCUGCAGCGGCAAAGGCAUCGUCCUCGAGUGCACCGGUGCUGCUUGAGUUGGAUGAGCAUGGUGCAAUCAAGAAUCCGGUGGGUUUGCUGGAAUCCCGAGGCUAUGCAUUGGGCAGCAAUGUGAGGAGGCGAGCUGACAAGACGACUGGCAAGAUCCAAGAUGUGAAAGGCGGCCUUGUGUACAUCCAGUUGGACUCCGGCGACGUCGCGAAGGAAUCCAUUGACAAGAUUCUGGGCAACGAGUGGGCCGUCUUCACCCCCAAAAGUGAGGCAGAGGUACUGGAAGAUUUGAGCAUCUACAGCCCUUCAACGAAUGUUGAGCUCCAGGCCUUCAUGCUCCAGGCAGAGAUCGCGAGGCAGCUUCAGAAACUUUUUGAUGAACAGUCCUCUGGCAUCGACAAGCUUGCCUUGCAAACGAAGCCCCAGAAGCAGCUUCAGGCCUCGCAGGACAUCCCCAAGGGAAAGGUGACAUUGGUGCCAUUGACGAGCAAGAUCCUCCACAAGGGCUCCAGCCAAGCGAGCUGGUUCGAGGCGACGACGGACUGGACGAUGGAUGCGAGGAAGUUCUACCUGAGCUCCUCUUGUGUGCUGCCCAAGGAAGAUGAUGACAAGAUCAAGCCUCUCAUAGUCCCGUUUUUCUUCGUGAACUACACAGAGGACGAGGACGAGGCCAACGUGAAGUUGCAGCCCAUGCAAGCAGAAAAGUCUUCCUCCAUCAAGAUCCCCGUCUUCAAAAGCACCAAGAAGAUUGCUGCCGGGGAGGUCGUUUUGUGCUAUAAGGCCAAGGACCUUAAAGCUCCACCCCUCCACCUCUCCCCCAGUGCGGCGAAGCGAUCGUCGUCCGGCGGAGUGGCAGUUGCAGCGAAGAAGAAAGCGAAGAAGUGA